AUGGAGAAGAUGUCUGUGAUGAACCUGUACAACCAGUUUCAGAGUCUCAGAGCUCAGGUGGACGGUGUGAACGAGAGCAUUGAGCCACAGUUCCUCCAGAUGGCAGUGAACUUUGAGGAAUGUCGUAAGAAGUGGCUGAUGUCAGGUGACGAACUGGUUUCCUGUAAAGAAAUGCUUACCAAAGCAGAAACAGAAAAGGGAGCCCUGGAGGUUAAGCUAAAACACGCUCGAAAUCAGGUGGAUGUAGAGAUCCGGCGGCGGCAGAAAGCUGAGGCGGUUUAUGAGAAGCUGGAGCGGCAGCUACAGCUGAUCCGGGAGCUGCUGAUUUCAGAGAAUAAUGGAAGCAGUGUCCACUUAAGUGAGGAGCAGCGGUCGGCCCUGGCCUUUCUCAGCGCCCACUCCCAGGCAGCACAAGCUGCCAAAACCAACCGCAGGUCCAGCCGAAGAUUAACAAGAAUCGAGGAAUCUACGUCUUUGCUGUCAGAUAUCAGCUAUGAUCAAACAGACGACUCUUUGCAGUGGGAUUCCUCAGGAAUGAAGAAUGUGAGACUCCGCAGACGGCAGAAACGACGUUCGUCAAGAAAAGUCUCAGAUGUUCCUCCGCAGGCAGUGAAGAAGCCACGCUCCACUGGGCGCGCACCAGAGAGGAUUAACGAGUCUAUCGUGGCUAAAACAACGAUCACUUUGCCUGCGAGUGGUGGUGUUGUUGAGACCGUGUCCACCAUUGAAACUGUGCCUUACUGGACACGCAGCAGAAAGAAGAGUGGUGAGAAGAUGUUGGGGGACACGAUCAUUACCGACCAGUCUGAGACUGUUAGUGAGGCUCCCAGCUCACAAGCGUCUGAUGUUCCAGCCCGACUUCAAACUCCCCGAGCCAAAGCAGGAAAGAAGCACCGCUUCAUCUCCAAAACAGUUAUCAAGUCUGAGCUCUGUGGAGCAUGUGGAAGAAGGACAAAGUUUGGCAAGCUGUGUCUCCGCUGCCAGGACUGCAGGACUGUGACGCACCCUGAAUGUCGUGAGCAGUGUCCUCUGCCCUGUAAUCCUACAGCUUUUGGGACUCUCAUCAGGGGCACAGAGGUCACCCUAGCUGACUUUGCUCCAACCACCUCCCCAAUGAUCCCAGCUUUGGUUAUCUACUGCAUUAAAGAGAUCGAACGCAGAGGACUUCAUGAGGUUGGUCUGUACAGAGUCUCUGGCCAGGAGCGUAUGGUUAAAGACCUGAAGGAGAAGCUCAUUCGAGGAAAGACUCUGCCUCUCCUCAACAAAGUGGAAGACAUCAACGUGAUAACAGGUGUCCUCAAAGACUUCUUUAGAAACCUCCCAGAGCCGCUGCUCACCUUCCACCUCAAUAAAACCUUCAUGGAAGCAGCUGAAAUCCAAGAUGAUGGCAACUGUCUUGCCAUGUUAUAUCAGGCUGUUAGUGAACUUCCUCCACCCAACCGAGACACGCUGGCCUGCCUGAUGAUCCACCUGCAGAAAGUGUCUCAAAGUGCACAUACUAAGAUGGAUCUACACAACCUGGCCAGGGUGCUUGGUCCUACCGUGGUGGGCCAUGCUGUUCCUGACCCAGACCCUAUGACCAUCCUGAACGACACCAGCAGACAGCCGAGGGUUGUAGAGCGCUUGCUUAGUAUCCCAGAAAGCUACUGGAGUCGGUUUGCUCAUCCAGAUAACGCAGGGAUGGAAACGGAUCUUCACACCGACACUCCAAACAGCUUAGGUAAACCGCUCCUACAGUAUAUGUAUACUGACGUGAGCAUUCUGGGACCUGUGACGACUCCAGAACAACAGACGAUGACCAAAACCCCUUCUUCCAGCUCCAUGUCUCAGCGGAUGAUGCAGACCUUGUCCAGUACCACCAUAUUUGGGAGCAAAAGCAAAGCAUCGUCCGUCUCUCACCGGCAGGGCAAAUUCUUUGCUUCUCCUCAGCUGAAAUGA